AACACAUUGCCAUCGCCGGCCGGUGUCUUCAGCUUGCUCCCAGUCCCAGUACGUACGUUCAAAGCCAUGGCGGACGGCGACCAGAACCAGCAGCCACCGCGCUACUGGUUCCCCUACUGGAGCGGGCCGCCGCCCCCGGUGCGCCCGCAGAUGUCGCGCCGCCUCUCCCCGCCCGCAGCGCCGUCCUCGCCAGCACUGCCGUCCUCGCCGCGCCGCCCUUCGCCCUCCCACCCCCGCCAACCCACUCCUCCUCGUGCGGCUCAGAGCCAGGCGUCCUCCCGCCCGUCCCCGUCCCGGGCCUCGCCGCUCGCGCCCAUCCGAGAGCCGCCCAGCAGCAACUCCAACGCCGGUGCUACUGCCAGGCCGCCUCCAAAGCCCAAGCACAAGGACGUGGACGUCGUCCCGCAGCCGGAGAAAGCCGCCGUGCACCCGACUGCCGCGGCGGCUGAGACCAAGCACGGCAAGGCCGCCCAACACCACCACAAGGAGAAGGAGGCCGACAAGGAGAAGGAGGACGAGCACAAGAGCAAGGACAAGAAGAACCACGCCGGUGAGGACAGCAAGCACAAGGAUAAAGAGAAGAAGCACCAUGCCGACGCCGGCGAUGAGGACAGCAAGCACAAGGAGAAGGAGAAGGAGAAAGACAAGGAGAAGAAGCACCAUGCCGACGGCGGCGAGGAGGGCAAGCACAAGGGGAAGGAGCACGGGAAGCUGCACGGCGAGCUCAAGGCCGACAUGGUGCGCAGGGCCACCGGCUCCGGGCACGGGCACCCGGGGGCGAGCGCGAUCACGCUGGCGGGGGAGAACAAGGGCGCGUCCAUGAAGGUGGGCGGCAAGAGCAAGGACGGCUCAUGGAAGGAGCACCAGGGCGGGCACCGGCUGGACGGGAAGCCGGUGGACGGCGAGAAGAAGCAGGGGAUGAUGAGGGCGCUGAUCAACAGCAACGUGCAGGUGAUCAACAACUCGCUGCUGCUGCACAGCUCCUGCAGCGGCGGCGACCCAGGCGUGCACCUCAACCUCUCCGCCAAGUCCUCCGCCAGGAAAGACAAGCAGAAGCACGCCGCCGGAGCCGACAAGAGCGACAAAGCUGCUGCUGCAAAGAAAUGAGCGCCGUCGCCGACUCGCCGGCCACUGGAAACGGCGGUAGAUACUCAGUCGAGGAUGUAACUAUAUGCAAAUAAAUAAGAGCAAUCCUACA